GCUAGUGGUAACACGUCCAACAUGCUAAAUCACAUCCGAAGGCAUCACCCAGAUUUGUCAAUCACCGGAGCCCGGCAAAAGACGACAGCUGUUCAACAGCUAAUCCCCGCUGUUUUUAAGAAGCCAAUAGAAAUGACAGCCGAGAGACCAAAACAAAUAACCGAAGCAAUUGGCAUGUAUAUUGCAAUGGCAAUGCGACCUUAUGCAAUAGUAGAGGACCCCGGCUUCAAAUAUUUAUUGAAAGUGCUCGAGCCUCGCUAUAGUGACCCAUCCCGUGUGCACAUGAGCCAGUCCGUGGUCCCUGCAAUUACUGGCGCACACGAGCGGUUGUUGAGCAUGAGUUGUCCGCUGCAUCCGCUGUUGCACUAACAACAGAUGGAUGGACCUCCCGUGCUACUGAAAGUUAUCUCACAGUGACAGCACAAUUCAUCAACUCAGAGUGGGAAAUCCAGUUCUACUUACACGCCCUGUGUAUGAACAGCACACUAGCACCCACCUAGCUGAGAAGCUACAAGAGGCAGUAGCAGAGUAUAAACUUGAAAAGACCAAAACUAUCGCAGUGACCACUGACAAUGCAAGAAACAUUGUUAAAGCUGUCAGUGAAACAGGACUGGGUCCACAAAUAGUAUGCUUUGCCCAUACAUUAAACUUAGCAUCACAGAAAGCGAUGGCAGUCAACCAGGUAUCUCGACUGCUGGGGAAAAUCAGAAGAGCUGUUUCUUUUUUCCACCGCAGCACAACGGCUGCACAUGUUUUGGAGCAAAAGCAGGAGAUGCUUCACUUGCCAAAACACCGACUCAUCAACGAUGUGGCCACACGCUGGAACUCCAGCUAUGAAAUGGUUGAGCGGUACCUUGAACAGCAAUCGGCUGUUUACUCGGCACUAAGUGCCCUGAAGAACAAGGAUAUUGCCAAUCUGACUGACCAGGAGGUAAGAGUCGCAGAGAAUGUGAUUGAGAUUAUGAAACCUCUGAAGACAGUCACUACAAUACUGAGCACUGAAACGGCACCAUCGGUUUCUAUGAUCCUACCACUUAAAACCAUGAUCUUGAAAUCUAUGGAACAAAACGAUGAGCACACUCCCACUGUCAGGGAACUCAAGCAUGCCAUCAGGGAAAAUCUGCAAAAAAGAUACUCUGACGCUGGGCUGCAGGACUUCCUUCACAAGUGCACAGCUCUGGAUCCGAGGUUCAAAACACUUCCUCACUUGGAUCGUGCCUCUCAUCUGAGAAUCUAUGAAGAUCUCAUCAUCCCUGAAGUUCUGAGCAGAGCAGAAAAUGUUGAGACUACAGAGGCCACUCCAGCGACUACAUCACAGGCCACUUCAUUACCAGCGACAGCAGAGUCAGCACCCCCCCCCCAAAGAGGUCAGCCAUGGAAGGACUUUUUAGUCCACUCUUUAAACCUGGCCAGAGUAAGCAGCCUGAUUUGAAGCAGCAGUUGAAGGACGAAGUGUCUGCGUACAUGGCAAAGGAGUGCAUUUCAAUCGAUUCAAACCCUCUUGCCUGGUAGAAGGAUAAUGAGUCUGUUUAUCCUAAUGUAGCCAUGUUGGCACAUUGUUACCUGGCUGUACCUGCCACCUCAGUCCCCAGUGAGAGGGUUUUCUCGACGGCAGGUGACAUAGUUACCACCAACAGAUCUGCCCCUCACUACAGACAA